UAAGAAAAGACUAAAGAAGAGGAGGAGGAGAAGAGUUCAACUGCAAGAAAGAGAAGAAGAAGAUAAAAGAGGACAUCCAAAAUUUGGCAGUCUUCUCUGUGAGUAAAUGGAGCUCUUCCCAGCACAGCCAGAUCUAUCACUCCACAUCAGCCCACCAAGUAGCAAUCCCACACCAAGUUGGAGGAGGGCAGAUGAGAACAUGGACUUAGGGUUUUGGCAAAGAACCACAGACUCUACCACCACCAACCACCACAGCAUCACCACCCUAUCCAUGGCAAAAGCUGAGAAAACUGCCUUCGAGCUCUCCUUAGCCCAUCCAAGUGCCACAGACUCCAACACCAUGAGCAACAAUCUCCUCCAACAUCCCCACCACCACCCAUUAGUCCAUGAAGGCUACCACCAAGUCCUUGGCUUGACGAGGCCUAUAAGGGGAAUUCCGGUGUACCAACACCAACCUAAUUCCUUCCCUUUGGUCCCACAGCUUCAGCAGCAGCACUUGUGUGACUCCUCCACUCCUACUGGUUUCGCUCCCUUCGCGCCGCAAGGUGCAUCGAGAUCAAGAUACCUGCCGUCAAGGUUCCCUUUAAAGCGGAGCAUGAGAGCACCGAGGAUGCGGUGGACGACCACACUCCACGCCCGCUUCGUCCAUGCCGUGGAGCUGCUGGGAGGACAUGAGAGGGCCACACCCAAGUCAGUUCUUGAGCUCAUGGAUGUCAAAGAUCUCACCUUGGCUCAUGUGAAAUCUCACCUGCAGAUGUAUCGGACCAUGAAGAACACUGAUAAAGCAGCAGUUUCUUCAGGCCAAUCUGAUGGGUUUGAGAAUGGGUCAACUGGAGAAAUUUCCGUUGACAAUUUGCUUGAUAUCCCCAACACACGCAGAGAAGAACCAUCAGCACAUGGAAGGCCUGCUACACACCAUGAAACCAAUUACGGUGGUCUAUGGGGCAAUUCUUCCAGCAGGGGAGACUGGUCUAGUGGUAUGCCAAGUGACUCAACCGCAAGGAGCAUGCAUUCCUUCAAGGAGGACAUGCAAUCAAAAAGCAUGGAAAUGUUAUCAGAUAUGAACUCACCGUGUAUCUCGGAGACAACUAGCCUAAGAGAGCCCAGUCUCGAGUUUACCUUGGGAAGACCACAAUGAUUUAAAGUGCUCUCUCAAAACAAGGAUCUAUCAGUUGCCACGAGCAUCCUGUGCCAACUUAAAGAUCACAAAAGAAGGGAAAGAGAGAAAGACAAGGGGAUUAUUGAGGCAAAAGGCAAGCCAAAGGAAAGUGAGCAUAUGUGUUCAUGUGUGUGAGAGCAUAUCUUUUCAUGCCAUAGGUGAGAAAGCCUAAGCCUGUGCUCUACAAAGAUAUGGAGUUCAAUUGAUUCAAAGUUCUAUAGAUAGAGAAGGUGGUCUUCUCUUUUUACUGUCAUAAAGCACAAAAGAGCAGGACUUCUUUUUUUUUUUUUCAUUCUCACGCAGUGCACGUGCUUUGCUUUGGAGUUUUCCAACAAAGAGAAUAUAAUGAAGAGACUAAGCACCAAUAUAGAUCGCAAGGAUAGUUAUGUCUUAUAAUAUGACCAAAGUCAAACUCAGUUCCGCAUUGCAAUUUCACUUGUGAUGAUUCUUACUAGCUUCAUACCUUAGAAUGAGUGAUAUAAAGUGACUAUGAUCAUGGUUUCUUUAGUUAAUGUGGCAAUAUUCAUGCACACAUGGCUACAAAAUAAUUUGUCAUAAUAAUUAAGGCAUGCUGUUUUGAGAUU